AUUGGUCACAUACACGUGUUUAUCAGGUGUUAUUGGUCACAUACACGUGUUUAGCAGAUGUUAUUACGGGUGUAAUAACAAUACACAACAAUACACACAAAUGUAAGUAAAGGAAGGGAAUUAAGAAUAUAUAAAUAUGUGGACGAGCAAGGUCAGAGCGGCAUAGACUAAGAUACAGUAGAAUAUAAUAUAAUACAGUAUAUACAUAUGAGAUGAGUAAUGCAAAAUAUGUAAACAUUAUAAAAGUGACUAGUGCUCCAUUAUUAAAGUGCCCAGUGAUUUCAAGUCUAUGUAUAUGGGGCAGCAGCCUCUAAUGUGCUAGUGAUGGCUAUUUAACAGUCUGAUGGCCUUGAGAUAUAAGCUGUUUUUCAGUCUCUUGGUCCCAGCUUUGAUGCACCUGUACUGACCUCGCCUUCUGGAUGAUAGCAGGGUGAACAAGCAGUGGCUCGGGUGGUUGUUGUCCUUGAUGAUCUUUUUGGCCUUCCUGUGACAUCGGGUGCUGUAGGUGAUGUGAAGGAAUGUGUGCUGGUGGAUGUGUGUUUAUGCCUUUCUCUCCCUAGAGUUUAGAAUGAAAGCUCAUUAACCAGCAUUAGUGUUUCUUGCUAAAUUCCCUCUCCUUCUGGACACCUCAUGCCACUACAACAAUGUUCCAUAACUAAACCAAUUCCCCAGAAUGCAAUAAUACCACAGCUGGUAAGAGUGCUUGCCAAGGGUUAGCCACUUGAAUAUUUAAGCAUAAUAAUGAGAUACUGUAUUUGUUUACUGACACACUUAGCUUCUAUCAUUAAAAUGGCAAAUAUAAACAUAAUGCAAAAAAUCACAUUCAUAUGGGAGUAAUCUCUGCCAUGCAAUUACCAACAUACUGUACCUUCGUUUGGGGAGGAGGGGGUUUAAAAAGGGAAAGACCAUUUCAUUUUCAUCAAGUUCAAAUGGUGAUAAACACUGUGGGGAAGACUGAAUAAAUGAAUGAAUGUUUGACUGCUGAUCCUUUGAACCAAUACCAUCCACAGGCCUCCCUCCCUCUCUCAUUCUGGCUCUGGGAUUGGUUCAUUGGUGUUGACAGAUGCUGAAUAUGCAUGAGCAGAGGGUCUGUUCGUGGGUGGAGCCUCAGAGGCUGACUCUGAGAGAGGAUGAGAGAGAAGUGAAGCGAGUAACAGCAGCGUUCUAUUCUCCAGCACUGCAGAAUCCACGCACUGACAAGGCUCACAUUCUCUAUCAUUUGAGGAGGGGGGGGGGAUUUCUGCCGGCCUUUCCUCUUCUCUGGACUCUGGCACAGAUUGGAUUGAUGCACUGCUGCACUGGUUUCAUCCUUCAUACCUCCGAGCUGGCUUGUCUACCUUCCUCUUACCUUCGAGCUGGCAUUCCCUCCUCCUUUCUCCCCCUCCACUGCUGUAAGUGGAUCGGCCAGACCUCCACCAGAGUGACACAGACAUGGGCUGUCGGCUCUCUGGACAGGGACAGUGGGCUAACAAUGGGAAUGGGGUCAAAGGGCGUGACCUGUCCCAUCUCAGCCACCGAGAGACAUUGCAGUUCCGGGGGGACGGCUAUGAGCAGCCAGUCACUACGCAGAUUGAGGGGAGGCACCGGGGAGGAAGAAGGCGUCAUCACUCCCAGUACCCAGUGUCCGACUGCGGCACCCAGACGGAGCAGCAAUCCUGGGAGGCUCUGAGGGCCCUAGGGGGGGUGGAGGGGGCCGGACCUGGCCUCGGUGCCUACGCUUCUGGACCUUACUAUGAUCACAUGACCCUUCCACCAGAACUCUAUGCAGCCAAUGGAUAUCUCCCCAGUGUUGCCUACAAUCUGGAGGACAUUAACAGGAUAGAGUAUGAUGAUGAUCCAGAGAUGAUGAAUAACCAGCCCAAUAACAGGAACUGUCUGAUUGGCUGCUGUAACACUGAUAAUGAUGAGCCUAGCAGCUUCCUGAGCCAGAGUGAAUAUGAGGGCCACUGGCUGGACAGGCCUCUGAAUUACCUACCCCUCCACGAGCUUGACAGUGGCCUGGGCUGCACCGAUGGCAGCCUCCACCAGGGGGACCUGUCUGACCCAGAGACAGAGGAGGGGGUAGAGGCCCCUAUGUCCUCUCCUCCAGGAAACACCAGCCGGGGAAGCUCUCCCUCCUCUGAGUCCCUCCUUUCAUCAGAGCUCAGUGACUCUGGCUUCCACAGCGUCAGCACAGGGGAGUUCCGCCACUUCCAGAAGAUUAUAGAUGGGAGGAUCCACAACUACCGGAGUCGCGUCGUGCCCCGGGAACAGAGAUCAAAGUCUCGCUGGGACCUGGAGUCCAUCCCUGAGACCCUGACCUGUGACCUCCAGGCUGGCAGAGCCGCAGACGGAGUUCACACAGCCAUGACCCACCAGUGCAACAUGGGUAGUAGCUCCAUUCAGUUCCGCAAAGCCAGGAGCCCCCAGCUGAGCAGGCAUGGCACCGGGUUUGCUCCUAGGGUUGCUGCCUCCAGCUGCCGUACAGAACCCUGCCAGAGGAGAGCAUUGAUGCUGAACAAGCACUCUUCUGAGGACCUUCCCAGCCGCAGCCACACCGUGCAUGACUUAUCAGACAGGAGACGGGCCAGCCACCCAGCACUGCCCGCUGGGAACACUGCCACAGGGAAAUACAGGCACGUAAACCGACAACCGCCCAGCAGCCCAAACCACUUAGCCGUGCCCACUGAGAACUCUGGCACAGGACAAUACAACAGGGGGUUCAACACAGACAUCAGUGAGAAGAGGAGAUGUCCACUGAGUGACCAUGUGGAAGGCACCUGGCAAGGAUGUGUGGAUGACCACAGAAGCAGUAUGGCCAUUGAGGAAUAUAACAGUGAGAAACAGGGUCUUUCCAAGAGUCCCUCAAAGAAACAGCCUGGGAAGGAGCCAGCAGACUGGCGUCAGUUUGCGACACUGGGACAUCCUCACAUUGAUGGGGACUGGCCCCAAGCAGACUGUCCCUGCGGUCCCCUCUAUAGCACGCUGGAUGGGCCCUCUGCCCGCUCCAGGAGGGGUCUCUCUGGGAAUCCCCGGGCUGUGAGGAACCAGCUCCUGAAGGCACGGGCCUCACGGCUGGCUGACGAGCGCAGUGAGGUCACCACGGACGAGGAGGCCCGCGGGGAGCCCUGGGCAGGCCGCUACUGGAACAGGACGGAGCGCAGGCGCCACCUGGCGUGGGCCCGGGAGCAGAGGCAGAGGAAGCUGAACCGUGGGGCUGAGGGGGCAGGGGAGAAUGGGGCUGGAGGUACAGGGGUUGCUGGGGGCCUUGGGGGUGCAGGGGGUCCUGGAGGAGGCUGCAGCACAGUGCUGGAGCUCAGCCACAGGAAGCAGAGCCGUCUGAGGAACCAUAAACUGCUGGAUGACUGGACCACAGUGGAGGAGCUGCUGACCCAUGGGACAAGGGUGGGGCAGGGGGACAACAUCCUCGGUCACAGCCCUCUGUUGUCUGUCACUACUGUAUAAUGACACAUUAAGAUAAGGUGUGUGUGUGUGUGUGUGUGUGUGCGUGUGUUUGUACGUAUGUGUGUGCUUGUGUGUGUGCCUACGUGUGUUUGUGCUACUGAUUGUGAAGAGGGUCAGUGAUAUAACUAUAGUUUGACUAUCUCUUGUUCUCCACUCAUGUUCCUGAACACAAACCUAGAGCAGUAGUUGUCUAACAGACUCGACCAAUGGCAGUGUUAAGCAAUCUAAAUGGUAGUAUUCACCGGCUAUUUGGCUAGCUCAAUGUGACCGCUGUUUAAAACCACAUAAUUGUAGUGAUACAGACUUUAUAUUUUGUAUGAAACCUCAGGUAGUAAAUGAUGUGUUGCACUGUAUAUCUACUGCACAUGUACAAGAGUCCCAUCUCACUCACAUGAGAAAUGCACUGUGAACUGUUGGCUCUUUCAAGAUGUACCCCCCCCAAUAAAGUGUGUUUACGGUCAUAUCAUGUGUAAUAUUCACCUCAUGAUAAGUUGCACAGUCAUUGUGUGUGGUCAUGAAACAUUCUGAUGUUCUUGUUUCACCUCUUUUUACAGCCUGUGUUGAAUAAGAGGACAAAGUACCUUAAUUCCCAGCAUGUAGACUAUCCUCAACACAAACCUGGCAACUGGACAUGACAGCACUAUUUCACAUGUCACCUCUCUAACUGGGCUUGGAUUCACAGGGCUGAUUUCCCCCUGACACCACUCUUUGUCAGUCAGAGUGCUGUCUAAGUGAUGUGUCACAACAUUUCAGACAAGAGGUACUUAUGGUUUCGGUUUUGAUGAUAGCUUGACGUUGUGGUCCAGAACACCUCUGAUUAGUGUUGCAUGACAUAAAACUAAAUGUAGAACUCUCUUCACAUAAAACCAAUUGAAAGUUGUUCAUUUGCAGACACAAAAUAUGAUCAAAUCGUGUUAACAAUUAUCAAAUGGUAUCAAAUGCACGUUCUAGCCUGGAAUAUGAUCUCAUAACGGUUUCCAUUUGUCAUGUGGAUAAGCCCUGUGUGUCCACGCCCUGGUCGUAGUCUUAAAGAUAAAUCUAUGGCUGCGAUGGACACAUAACAUGGUUCUGAUGAAUACUUUCUUUUGAGUGCUCAAAUAAAAACGCUGAAAUGCA